UUUUUCCAAUCCCAUCACCCAAAUUCCAACCCCAUCAUUUUUUUCUUCACAAACCCCCAGCCUCCCUCUCUCUCGCUCUCUCCCGUCGCAAUCCGCCGCUCCGGUCGACAACGGCUGGCUUUCAGAUGAUGAUCCGUCGCAAAAUAGCAUCUGGGUAAGAUUCUGAAACGCCAUUCUCGCACUGGUUUGUGAAAAAAUCGAAGAGAGACAGAGGGGGGAGAGAGUGAGUUUAUGAUAGAGAGGACGACGACAAUGGAGGUUGAGAGGAUGAGGCAGCUGUUACUUCUCUGGUGUAAAAACUCCUUCGUGGCUCUCGUGGGUGCUAAUCACACCGCCGCCAGGUUCUGCGCCCGCUAAAUCCCAUCAUGUUCUUCGCUGUUGUUUUUUUGCCUUCUAUUCCUUCGUGAAAAACGUUGCAAACUUGCAAUCUUUCAAACUUUUCCGCAUCUGGGUACUCCCCAAACCGGCUUUUCGAGCUGUUCUUUGAUCGGAUCCCGCGCUUUCGCUGAGCUUUUCGCGGGAUUUUUGGACCAAAAGUGUUGAAAAUUAACAGAGCAAUGGAAUUGGCUGACGGGUUUGCAGCCAAGGAUCAAAACAAGGUGAAGUACCUUCAUGGUGGACAGAUGGGAUUGGAUUCCGGGACUUACUUGGUGAUCAAUCUUCCGGAUUCCAAGGCAUUGCGGAUUAUUUGGUGCUCCGUUUUUCUGGGUUUAGUUAUUCUUUCACUGCCCUGCUUUGGAACAAUUCAGAGGGGAUUAAAAGUUUCCCAAUUGGAUUUGAAUUUCGAAUCCGAAAAUUUCAAUUUCAAGCAGUUGGGUCUGCUUUUUCGUGAUUUGGCCGGCGAAGGCCUGCGCAGAAAGGGUGAUACAUCUCUCAUUGUGGCUCCUGGCAACGCCGGUACGCUUCAAAAUCUUCACCCUUUUGAUUUCAAUGGAUUUGAUUUCGUUGUGGAUUCGGAGUCGGUGCCGAAAAGCUCGUUCUUGGACGAGUCUAUGGAUUUCGUUUUCGCAUUCAACUUGGCCGAUGCUAAAUUUGCUGAUCGCAUUCUGAAGAUUGGCGGCAUUGUUGCCGUUCCAAUAAGCAUCGACCCUUCGAACGCCUUUAGGCCAAAACCCAAUUACAAAAUCGUGUAUCUCCGCCGAUACGCUGCCACUUUUGUGGCAAUGAGGAAGAUAAGUCCGGCUUAUGACUUGCCCGUGACGUCCCGGCGGCUUUGUCAGUUGGAAACCGAGGAAAAGAAGACGGUGUUAGAGGGUCUGGAAGACGUGCUGCUGGAACCGCCGAGGCUCGUUUUGGCCAAAUCGAAUGAAUACUUGAAGAAAAUCAAGUUCCUCCCCGAGUUGUUGGGUGAUUCCCUCGACAGUUACAACCGCCGAGUGUUUGUCAAUGUAGACCUAAACGAGGAAAACCGCGGCAUGAUCGAAUGGUUUGAUCAAAACUACCCGAAAAUGAACAAUGAAUUCGAGGUCUACAACCUCGAGGUAGAGCCCGAAGAGGCUUCAAGCACCCCUGAAAACGACGUUUCGGACUGGUUGAAAGACAAUGUGAGGGAAGAGGACUACGUUGUGAUGAAAGCGGAAGCGGAAGUGGUGGUGGACAUGGUGAGGAAGAGGACAAUCUGUCUGGUGGACGAGCUGUUCUUGGAGUGCAGCAACGGAUGGUGGCAGAGUGGGAGGAGGAAUGGUGGGAGCAAGAGAGCUUAUUGGGAAUGCAUUGCUUUGUAUGGGAGGCUGAGGGAUCUUGGAGUUGCUGUGCAUCAGUGGUUCAUGUGAUUAAAUUGAAGAAAAUUUGAUGUCUUUUGGUGUCAAGAAUUUUGCUGCCUUAAUUCUUGUGUGUGUGAAUUGUUUGGGUUGGUUAAUUUGAGUUAUGGUGUAGCUUAAAUGGUUUGUUUAUGAAACCCUAUGAACAUAGCUUUUGUUUCCCAUCACUUAUAUUUGAAGUGUUAAGUGGAAGGGUGUCAUACCGAUUUAUUUACAAAAUAAAAUAAAUAAUAUUAUUAGUCUACUAAGUUAUUUAAA